AUGUCCACCACCACCCCCACCUCCUCUGUGCUCCGCCCUCCACCGCCCUUAACCACCACCAAAAACCCAUUUUCCCAAAACCUCAGUUCAAUCGGGUUCGGCUACGCCAUUGCGAUAGCCCUCGGGUUCCUCGUCCUCUUCUCCACCAUCCUCCUUGCCUCCUACAUCUGCUGCCGCUCCGCCGCCGCACGUCGCCGCCGUAACCUCCAACGAACCACCAACCCCGAAAACCCUAAUGAAAACAGUGUCUACCUCCCUCGAAUAAUCUUCGUGGCCGAGGAUGACGAAGAGAAUUCUUCCCAAAACGUCGUUGGGCUCGAUCAAGCUGUCAUUAAUUCGUAUCCGAAGUUCGUCUUCUCCAAGAAAAAGGGAAUUACCGACGUUGAUACCGUGUGCGCCAUAUGCUUGUGCGAGUACAAGGAAUCGGAGAUGUUAAGGAUGUUGCCCGAUUGUAAGCAUUAUUUUCAUGUGACAUGUGUUGAUGCGUGGUUGAAGCUUAAUUCAUCGUGCCCCGUUUGCCGGAAUUCGCCGUUACCGACGCCGCUCUCAACGCCGUUGCAAGAGGUGGUACCGCUCUCUCAGUACUCCGAUGGGCGGAGGAGGACGUGA